ACCACGGAUGCAAAGAUACAAACUGUUGUGCAAACGUUUUUAUGAAAUUGCUGAAGUUGCAUGUGAGUCUGAGGAAGCUAGUACUGAAUUGGAAAAAGAACUUAAUUGUUUGGGUACAAAAUUUGGAUUCAGUUCUUCCAUGACAAAUAACAUCAUCAGUGAUGCAGGCCAACUAAGAUACGAUACUGGUGCAUGCACGUCAAUACCACUUACUCCAGUUGGAACAUCUGAUGUCCUUGUACACAGUCCUGCAACUGUUAAGCGAAAAGGACGUCCACGCACAAAUAGGUUGAAGUCCACUGUUGAGAAAAAAACCAAAAGAAGAAAGUCAACUUCAUUGACAAACACUUCAACACCACCCACCGAACAAUGCGGCGAAAGACCAAGUAAUGUUCUUGAAUGUGAUCACCAUGAACAAUUUGAAGCGGACACUAUCCAACUAUCACAAGAUACCGAAAUGGGUCAUUUUGGAUUUAUGUCGUUGUUGUCAGCUGUACAUAACAAUUUCGAUAACAACAUCAACUGAUAUAUACAACUUGUUUGCUGCUUAUUUUGUAACUUUUUUCUGUUUUUCAAAGUUAAAAUGGUCUUCCAUGAAAUUCCUUUAAUGAAUGUAUGUGAUGCAUAUGACCACACCAGUAUUUGUUAUUGUAAUCGAUUACGAGGCUCUGGUAAUCGAUUACGAGGCCAUUGUAAUCGAUUACUAGGCUCUGGUAAUCGAUUACUGUGUUCAGUUAAUUAAACCAAAUUAUCCCACUGCAUAACGUGUAUAACUUGCAAUCAUGUUCAUAACCGCACAAAACACAUCCUUCCUCAAAUUCGUUUCGAAAACCUCUCUUCUCUCAGUGCAAAACCCUAAACGAAAUACAAUGGCUGAUCGUGGAACGAAGAAACAAAAGGCAUCUUCUUCCGUUGGUGGACGUCGCCGUCGCCGGAGUCCAACCCCAUCACCAUCGUCAUCCCCUCCUACGCCUACCAAUGAUCUCUUCUCGUCGGAUGAGCAACAGGAGAAAUAUGCCCAACAUUUCGUAAAUCGGGAAAUUUUGGAGAGUAAGUAUCUAGAGGACGAAUACUUUCAAGGAAAAAAUUUUCAAUUCUAUGACAUAUUACACGAAGCUGGGCUGACUGAAUUUGUGUGUUUAAGAAGACAUUACCACCCACAAUUAGUCAGAGUGUUCUAUAGCAACAUGUCAAUAUCGGAUACGGGGGUUAU